UUGUAGAUAAAAAAAUUAACGAGAAUAAUAAACGCUAAUUUGCUUUCGAAAGUAAAUAUUUAACUAAACUUUUUCUAUUAAAAUGAUUAAGAUGAAGAAUUCGUUGACCUAAUAUUAAUAAGUUUUUUGUCGUACUAUUUACAUUAAUUAAUAGUAGGCUACUUCAAACAUUUGAUCAAUAAUAAGACAAAGAAUUGAUAUUAUAAAGAUAAAAAGAGUGAAGUAAGAAUAAAAAUUCUUAUUUAUAUUCGUUAAUUAUAGACUAAAUGUCGACUGAAUAUCGUUAUAUUUUAAUUUGUUUAGUUCAAGACGUCGAUAACCACAGAUAUUUAUAUAUUGUUAAACACAAUGACUGUGUUUAACAACAUAAUUUGUGUGAAAUAGUUCUUUCAGACAAAUUACAGUAUUUUAAAAAUCGCUUUUAUUGUGAAGUGCAUCCCUUUAAUAGGUGAUCGACUCCACAAUUUUAAUAUAUUUAUAAAUAAAUGUUUCAAAUUUCAACAACUUUUUGUCCAUCAAUUAAUUUAUAAAUUAAGAAAUGUAAAUUAUCUUCAUCGAUCAACCAGCUUAAAAAACUUAGAUUUUUUCACCUGAAUUAUUUCCUUCUACAAGUCGGAAAAUCGACAUUUUCCCGAUAUAUCGAAUCUCGCUCUAGUCACAUGUGUGUCAAGAAAAAUAUAUAAAUAAGCCUACAACACACAGUUGUAACAAAGAAGUUAAUAGCAUCGUCGAAUAUGGAGCUUUUGCUGUACUUAUUCUUAUUUACGUUUGCUUUUUCUCCAAUUGUUUGUUGGGAUGAUUCAGCCAUGAGACCGGAUGAUCCGUUUAGCGACGAAGUAGGAGUCAUAGACCGAUAUUGCGCACUGAGCCCCGAAGGUAAAGCCAACAUCCAUUUGUGCUUCCUCGAAAACAAAAUUAGAAUUGUUACCGAUAUCUAUAAAAACUGUAUUCAGCAACAGAAAUUUUUCCAAACAAUAGGAGAAAUAGACGAAUACCUUUGUAAAAUCAGGCAUACGUCUCCAAAACUAUUUGCAAGGUUUAUUAAAUGUCAAGCCAAAGCGAAAUAUACAGCGAGCUUUGACGAUCCCAAAUUAUAUCCUACCGAUAGAAAAUGCUUUCAGCAAGUAAGAAGUCGUGAAAAUAAAUCCACAUCUGAAAUUUCUCUUGACGAACAUUUCACCAGAAAAUUACUGUAAUUUCAAUUUAAC